GCGCAGCGGGCGCAAGCGUUAAAUCUCGCCAGGACUCAUUCUAUCGGCGGUCGUCGAGCAACACGCGCGCAUUCCCCCAGUGUCAUCGUAUAACAUAACACAACAUAAUACAAAAAUAAAUCAAAACCAAAGUGUUAAAAAUUAAAAAUAAAAAAUAAAAACAAAGUGUUCUAAUGCAGACAUUAGCACCACACAACCCAUCCACCGACCCCACCAUGGACAACCACCAAGACGACCACCUCGCCGACGUGGACGUCUACGUCCAGAGCUUCGAACUGGACCAUUUCGACGCCAGCGUGAAACGCGAAGACAAACGCAGUUUACUAACCACCAACGCAGAUUGGUUGGUCCAGGAUGAACAACGUAUCCUCACACGUCCAUGGCCAGAUGAACUCCGCUGUCGCCUACCACCAAUGUCCCCACCCCCGGAAGCAAUGUACAGCACCCAUCCGCAUGGUCUUUUACUAGUAAACGACCCGGGAACCCCUCCGGACACCCCACCCAGUCACUCACCUGGAUCCUGUCGUCAACCACAAAUGCAGGAGGAUAUCUGGCGGAGAUCCCAACAACCUUUGGAUCUACGCCACAGUAUGGGCGGGGAACCCAACUGGGAGCGACGGGAAUACGUCCCUGCUGGUGAUAUCUACAUGGACCCCAAUGCGUUCGCCCAGAGACCACUGUCAGUCUGUAGUGGGGGUAGUGCCCUUUCACCACGCAUGAACCACCUUAAUAGUGGAUAUUCAACAUGCAGUGAAGAUGUUAAUUUGAACGAUGACCUUCUAAUGACCCUCACAGUAAGAGAAUUGAAUAAACGUCUGCAUGGGUGUCCGAGGGAAGAGGUUGUCCGGUUGAAGCAGAAGAGACGCACGUUGAAGAACCGUGGAUACGCGCAGAAUUGCCGAUCGAAGAGACUACAACAAAGGCAGGAUCUUGAGGUGACUAAUCGAAGUCUCCAACAGGAGGUACACAGGUUGAAGAUGGAUCUGGCAAGGGUUACGCAUGAAAGGGAUACGCAGGACCUGGGGAUGAGGUUUAUCUAUGACAUCCGUUUCCGGGACGGAGGUUCCAGUGAGUGGUGUACCCGUACCCUGUGAAUUUGUAUAAAAAACUGAGUGAAGUGCACAAAAAUGACAGUUUAACAUAAGUUAAGUUAGUUAAGUUUUAAAUUGUUGCAUUCUACGUUUUUUAUUAUUAUUUUAUGAUUUGACUUACCGGUUUGCCUUAUUAUGAAUAAGUCUUUUUUAAAUUUUUUGAUUUUUUUGUUUUUUUGGUUUUUUGGUUUUAUUUUUGUAUUGUCACUAUAUUAGUGCGCAUAUUUAUAGUGGAGAAUAACAAAACAUUGCAUAUCUCGAAAGCUAAGGUGGUAAUCGUGUUAUAACCUAACUUUUAAGUCACUUUUUUUUGGUUAUGUUGGAUGGUUAUGUUUACGCGUCACACACGAGAUGGAAGGCUACUGGUUGUGUUUUCAAAAUAUGUACAAUGUUUAUGAGAAAUAUGUUAUUAUUCAAAUACUAUGUAAAUAUUAUUAUAUUAGGACCUAUAAUUAAAUAAAUUAU